AUGCGCCUUUCCCGUAUCUUAGCCUCCGCCCUCACCCUCAGCACCACCCUCGCCCAAGGCGACCUCGCCGCCCUCCUCUCCUCCCAACCCGACCUCAGCGAACUCCUCACUCUCAUUUCUCUCAUUCCCGAUCUCGCACCUAUCCUCUCCUCCGCCACAAACAUCACCAUUUUUGCCCCUACCAACGACGCUUUCGCCGCCGUUCCCCGCGACAUCCCCGAGGGCCAAGCCAUCGAAUUCAAAAACGACACUGCGGCUAUUGGAGCACUUCUUGCGAAUCACGUCUUCAAGGGGGUUUAUCCGGCGGAGGUGAUAGGGGAGAUUCCGACGUUUGCGCAGACGCUGCUAAAUGGGUCGUAUGUUAAUGCUAUCCAGCCUUUUUCGGAUUUUACGGGAGGAGCGUAUAAUGGACUUGUUAGGGAUGGGGAGAGUGUGAAGGUGUUGAGUGGGGAGCAGACGGUUUCGACCGUGACCGAAGCUGACAUCAAACUCGGCGAGGGAAUCACUAUCCAUAAAAUCGACACAGUCUUCUCCUUCGGCGCCCCCUUCCAACUCUUUACCUACCGCGCCGGCUACACCGCCAUGAACAGCGCUUUGCAAGCCGCCCAACUCGCCAUCGACUUUGGACUCAGUGGACCUGAUCAAGUCGGACUCAACAUAUCCGACUUUACAAUCUUCGUCCCAACAAACGAGGCAUUUGAAAACAUCGGAUCCGUUCUUGCGACUGCAGACAAAGAAACACUGCAGACGGUGCUGAAACACCACAUCAUCCCCAAAAACGUCAUUUUCUCGCCUAGCCUGGGUAACGUGACAGUGAAGAGUAUGGCGGAUGAGGAUUUGGUGUUUACGGUGCUACCGGAUGGCAGUGCGUGGGUGAAUGGAGCAAAGAUUACGUUUGUAAAUACGAUCUUGUAUAAUGGGGUGGCGCAUGUGAUUGAUGGUGUCCUAAACCCCCUCGCGCCAUUCGACCGCGCAUCACUUAACCCAGAAGCCCCGGCAGCAGAACGCACAGCGUUCCCCAGCGCAACCCGUGUGUCGCCGCUGCCGUUCCCGAGUGCAUCGCUGGCGUUCUUCGGGGAUGCAAUGACAUAUACGACUACGCCUGAAUUUCUGAAGACGCUGGCGCCGCUGGCGGUUCCUACGCCGACGAGUGCGGUGACGACGUCGAGUGCUGCGACUAUGGCGACGAGUGCGAGUGUGAGCGGUGCGGCUACAAGCACUACUCCGCCUAUGGAGAUGUUUACAGGUGCUGCGGCUGGGGGAUUGGUUCCAGCGGCCGGUAUGGCUGUUGUUGGAGCGGCGGGUCUGGCUGCUAUGUUUUUCUAA